GCGCCCUGCCCCCCCCCCCCACCGGGAAGCAGCCCCCCAGGCGGCGGCGGCGGCCCGGGCCAUGUGGGACCCGCGGGCAGCUAGGAUGGACCCCACGGCUUACGCUGAGCUGUUGAAAGAGUCUGGCAACCAAGUUCUUAAGAACGGGAACUUCUCUCUGGCCAUCAGAAAGUAUGAUGAGGCCAUCCAGAUUCUCCUGCAGUUAUAUCCGUGGGGGGUUCCCCCCAGGGAGCUGGCCGUCCUGCUGUGCAACAAAUCCAGUGCAUUUUACAGCCUCGGGAAAUGGAAUGAGGCCUUUGUGGCGGCCAAGGAAUGUCUCCAGUGGGAUCCAACCUACGUGAAGGGAUACUACCGGGCUGGUUACUCCUUGCUGAGGUUGCUUCAGCCUUACGAAGCUGCUCGAAUGUUUUUCGAGGGUCUGCGACUUCUCCAGGGCAGCCCGGACCAGAUCCAGAUUGCUGAUUUCCUUGUGGGAGUCUUUACCACUAUGGGCAGCGACCCCAUUGUUUUGCAAAGUUUCUUGCCCUGUUUCGAUCGUAUUUUUACUACCGGAUUCUCAACAGAAGUGUGGCAGUCUGUAAUAGAAAAGUUGGCAAAGAAAGGAUUAUGGCACUCGUUCCUACUUCUGUCAGCGAGAAAGGACCGGCUACCCCGAAAUAUCCAUGUCCCAGAGUUAUCACUGAAGAGUCUCUUUGAGAAAUAUGUCUUCAUUGGGCUUUACGAGAAUAUGGAACAGGUGCCCAAGCUAGUGCAGUGGCUCGUCUCCAUUGGUGCGAGUAUUGAGACGAUAGGACCAUACCCUCUUCAUGCCCUCAUGCGGCUCUGUAUCCAAGCAAAGGAAAACCAUCUUUUCAGGUGGUUGAUGGACCACAAGCCCGAGUGGAAAGGCCGCAUCAACCAGAAGGACGAGGGUGGUUGCACCGUUCUCCACGUCGUUGCCGCGGCUCACUACCCAGGAUACCUCAUCAAACCACAAACAGAGGACGUACAGAUGCUCCUGAGCUUUGGGGCAGACCCCACCUUGCUGGAUCGACAGUCCCGGUCUGCCAUGGAUGUCCUGAAGAGGAAUAAGAACUUCAAAGCCAUCGAGAAAAUCAACAGUCACUUGGAAAAGCUGGCCACAUGUUCCAAGGACCUAUCAGGACUGACCAAUGGUGAUGGACCCGCUAGUGAGACCGACACUUUCCGGAAGGCCACUGAGCAGCUGGUCAAGUACAUGAACUCAGGAAACCGGCUGCUGCAUAAAAACUUUCUGAAGCAAGAAGUAGUUCAAAGGUUCUUACGCCUCCUUUCUUCUCUGCAAGAAAUUCCUCCUGACCUGGUCUGUGACAUUAACCGUGACUGCGCCAACACCUUCAUCAAGUUUUUGCUGGAGAAACAGAAGUGGCCUGAAGUGCUUCUGCUGCUGACCCGCAAGGUAAAUGGGGAGCCGCCCCUGGGCGACUGCUUCCUCAAGGGCUGCAACUUCUCCGACCUUGACCUCUGCGCCCUCAUCCCCCGCCUCAGCGCUUGGGACCCUCGGAGGAUGCAGCUCCUGGGCUGCCUCAUCGACAGUGGAGCCUUGCCCGAGGGUCUCCAGGACAGGCAGGAGACGCCGCUUGUGUUGUGCCUGAAACACGAGGACUUUGAGCUGGCUUUUCUUCUCUUGACCAAGGGUGCAGACCCCCGCGGCAUCACCCUCACGGAAGGUGAUACCCCUCUGCAUGCAGCGCUCCACAUCUUUUUAGAUAUCAGAGCUGACAUCGGUUUUAACUUCCUCAGCCACCUGCUGGAUCUCUUCUGGUCCAACCCCGCUGAAUUUUGCUACCUCAACCCCAACACCCAGGACAGCAACGGCAACACGCUGAUGCACAUCCUCUUCCAGAAAGGCAUGCUGAAGCGCACGAAGAAGCUAAUAGACCUGCUGGUGAAGUUUGACAUCAACUUCAACCUGAAGAACAAAGAAGGCAAAGACGUGCGGCACCGGAUCAAGAAGAACGACGCCCUGCUCUUGGCCUGGAACAAAGCUCUGGCGGAGUCCAGGCACAGGAGCCGGCAGGACUCUGCCGCCCACCCGGGGAGGCUCCCGAGGCCCGCCGCCCCCGGUCACGCGUCUCGGCUCAGGUCCCAGGGUUCAUCCAAGUCUCUGUCGUGCAGCAUCGACGCCAGGACCCUGCCCAAAGGAGCUUUGGUCCCCGACAGCUGGGAGACUCUCCCGGAUGCACAGGCAACGAGGCAGGAGCGGGGGGCCGUCAGGCCCUGCUCUCUGAGAGACCGGCUGGUGCGGGACAUCACGGGUUUAAUUCAGCAGCUUGAACCGAAUCCGUCCCUCCCGGAGGACUGUUCUCAGGGCUCUGAGCCUCUGGAGACAGGAGCUGGUAGGGAGGUAAAGAAGGACGAGCCCCAGCGAGCCCUGGGGGCGCGAGGCUCUGACUCCAGUGGGAACAGCCACACCAUCCUCGAGGCAGGGGGUGGAGUUGCUCAGGCGGGCCUCGGGGCCUCGCGGCUCGUUCCCGCUGGCCACAGAGGGAGAGAAGGCAGUGACGAUCUGGACAGCUGGAGCACGCAGGAGAUCGAGGCCUGCCUCCAGGACUUCGAGAACAUGACAUGGGAGAUCGAGUGCACUUCGGAAAUGCUGAAGAAGCUGUCCAGUAAGGUAAUGACUAAGGUCAUGAAGAAGAAAGUCAUCCUAGCCAUCCAGCAGCUGGGGAACGGCGAGUGGACCCAAGGCCUCCAGAAGCGGCUGAAACAUCUGAAAGGAAGCAUCCGGCUCUUCGAGGCCAAGCUGGACAAGGGGGCCCGGAUGCUCUGGGAGCUGGCCAUCGACUUCUCCCCUCGAUGCAGCGAGAACCCGGAGAAGGUCAUCACCACGGAGCGGACCCUGCACUGCCCGGAGAAGUCGGGUCGGGUCUACACGGAGAUCAUCCGGAUCUGGGACAUCGUCUUGGACCACUGCAAGCUGUCGGACUCCAUCAGGGCCAUCUGCAGCGCCUAUAACCGGGGCCAGUCCUGCGUCCUGCGGAAGAAGCUGAAGGGCAUCCACCAAGGCCGGGUGUCGGCCAACGUGAAGGCCCUCAAGCGCAUACCCCGCUGCUACGUGGAAGACACGGAGGCCGAGAAGAGCCGGGGGCACGCGGACCCCGAGUACUUCCCGCCCGCCAGCGCGGUGGAGACCGAGUACAACAUCAUGAAGUUCCACAGCUUCAGCACCAGCAUGGCCUUCAACAUCCUCAACGACACGACGGCCACGGUGGAGUACCCCUUCCGGGUGGGCGAACUCGAGCAUGCCGUGAUCGGCCUCAACCCCAGGCCGCUGGAGCCCAUCAUCCUCAUCGGCCGCAGCGGCACCGGGAAGACGACUUGCUGCCUGUACCGGCUGUGGAAGAAUUUCCACGGCUACUGGGAAAAGGCUGGGCAGGCGGGAAGCCCGCUGCUGGCCAGACAGAUGUGGCUGAAGAGGAGGCUGGAAGUAGACCCCGGAAAGGAGGGUCCGGGUCCGGAGGAAGAGGAAGAGGAGGAGGAGGAAGGGGAGGAGGAGGAAGAGGAGGAGGAGGAGGAAGCGGAGGGCUCCCGGGAGGCGGAAGCCGUGGACGGCACAGACGAGGAGCAGGACCCUGAAGCCCGUGCGGGGGGACCCGGCGGGGAGCCGGGGGGGCCUGGCCGGGGGGCCGAAGCGCGCGCCCCGGAGCAUCUCCGCCAGCUGGAGCAUUUACAUCAGAUCUUCGUGACCAAGAACCACGUCCUGUGCCGGGAGGUACAGCGGAAUUUCAUCGAGCUUUCCAAGUCUACCAAGGCCACCGGUCACUACAGACCCCCGGAACCCAACGUCCACAAACUCCAGGACCUGAGGGACGAGAACUUUCCUCUGUUUGUCACUUCCAAGCAGCUGCUCCUCCUGCUGGAUGCUUCUCUGCCCAAACCAUUUUUUCUGAGAAACGAAGACGGCAGCUUGAAAAGAAGCAUCGUGGGAUGGUCCACACAGGAGGAGGUGACCAUCCCCAAUUGGCAGGAGGAGGAGGAGGAGGCCGAGGCGGACGGCGACAAUGGUGAGGAGGAGAGGGCGGCCGAAACGCGCCCGUGCGACAGUGACCCCCGGGCGUAUGUGACAUUUGAGGUGUUCGCCAAUGAAAUAUGGCCCAAAAUGAUCAAAGGGAAAACCUCCUACAACGCUGCACUGAUUUGGAAAGAGAUCAAAUCUUUUCUGAAGGGGUCCUUUGAGGCCCUCAGCUGCCCGCAGGGGAGACUCACGGAAGAAGCAUAUAAGAAAUUAGGGAGGAAGCGGUGCCCCAAUUUCCAGGAAGACCGGAGCGAGAUCUACGGUCUCUUCUGCCUGUACCAGCAGAUCAGGUCUCAGAAAGGUUAUUUCGACGAGGAAGACGUUCUGUACAACCUGUCCCGGAGGCUGUCGAAGGUCAAGGUGCUCCCGUGGUCCAUCCACGAGCUCUAUGGCGAUGAGAUUCAGGACUUCACUCAAGCCGAGCUGGCGCUGCUGAUGAAGUGCAUCAAUGACCCCAACGCCAUGUUCCUCACGGGGGACACGGCCCAGAGCAUCAUGAAGGGGGUGGCCUUCCGCUUCAGCGACCUGCGCUCUCUGUUCCACUACGCCAGCAAAAGCACCGCGGACAAGCGGUGUGCCGUCCGGAAGCCCAAGAAGAUCCACCAGCUGUACCAGAAUUACAGGUCCCAUUCGGGAAUCCUUAAUCUGGCAUCUGGAGUGGUGGAUUUACUUCAGUUCUAUUUCCCAGAAUCUUUUGAUCGCCUCCCCAGGGACUCUGGCCUCUUUGAUGGUCCCAAACCAACUGUCCUGGAGUCUUGCAGUGUAAGCGACUUGGCAAUUUUGCUCCGAGGGAACAAAAGGAAAACCCAGCCCAUUGAAUUUGGAGCCCACCAGGUAAUCCUUGUAGCUAAUGAAGUGGCAAAGGAGAAAAUUCCAGAAGAGCUGGGGUUAGCACUUGUGCUCACCGUUUAUGAAGCCAAAGGCUUGGAAUUUGACGAUGUGCUCCUUUACAACUUUUUUACUGAUUCUGAGGCUUACAAGGAAUGGAAGAUCAUUUCCUCAUUUACACCUUCAUCAUCUGACUCCAGACAGGAAAACCGGCCACUGAUUGAAGUGCCCCUGGAGAAACCCAGCUCCUCUCAGGGUCGGUCUGUUGUGAUGAAUCCAGAAAUGUACAAGCUCCUCAACGGAGAGCUGAAGCAGCUAUAUACUGCUAUCACACGGGCCCGGGUCAACCUCUGGAUCUUUGAUGAAAACCCAGAGAAGCGGGCUCCUGCUUUCAAAUAUUUCAUGAGAAGAAAUUUUGUCCAGGUUGUGAAGACAGAUGAAAAUAAAGACUUUGACGACAGCAUGUUUGUUAAGACCUCAACACCUGAGGAGUGGAUCGCGCAGGGAGAAUAUUAUGCUAAACACCAGUGCUGGAAGGUGGCAGCCAAGUGUUACCAAAAAGGAGGUGCGUUUGAGAAGGAGAAGCUGGCCCUGGCCCACAACACCGCCCUGAACAUGAAAUCCAAGAAAGUCAGCCCCAAGGAGAAGCAGGUGGAGUUCUUGGGACUGGCCAAGACCUAUCUGGAGUGCAACGAGCCAAAGCUGUCCCUCAAGUGCCUGAGCUGCGCCAAGGAGUUCCAGCUGUCCGCCCAGCUGUGCGAGAGGCUGGGGAAGAUAAAAGAUGCGGCCUAUUUCUAUAAGCGAAGCCAGUGCUACAAAGAUGCUUUCAGAUGCUUUGAGCAGAUCCAGGAAUUCGAUCUAGCACUCAAAAUGUACUGCGAACAGGAGCUUUUUGAAGAAGCUGCUAUUGCAGCCGAAAAGUAUGAAGAAAUGCUGAGGGCCAAGACCCUUCCCAUAUCCAAGCUGUCUUAUUCUGCCGGUCAGUUUUACCUGGAAGCCGCAGCAAAGUACCUGAAUGCAAACAAGAUCAAGGAGAUGAUGGCGGUCCUCUCGAAGCUGGACAUAGAAGACCAGCUGGUGUUCCUGAAGUCUCGCAGACGGCUAGCGGAAGCUGCAGACCUGCUGAACGGGGAGGGUCGGAGAGAAGAGGCCGCCUUGCUGAUGAAGCAACAUGGCUGCCUGUUGGAGGCUGCCCAGCUGACUGCCGACAAGGACUUCCAGGCCUCGUGUCUGCUGGGGGCUGCCCGCCUCAAUGUGGCCAGGGAUUCGGACGUGGAACAUACCAAGGCCAUUCUGAGAGAAGCUCUUGACCUCUGCUAUGAAACCAACCAGUUGGCCGGCAUUGCCGAGGCCCAGUUCCUUCAGGGGGUAAUCCUGAGAGACUUUCAAAAGCUCAAGGACGCCUUCUUCAAGUUUGACACACUCAAUCACUCGGCGGGAGUGGUGGAGGCACUCUACGAAGCUGCCAGCCAGUGUGAGGUCGAGCCUGAGAAGGUCCUGGCCCUGGCUCCGGGGGGCUUGGAAGUCCUCCUCAAUCUGGUCAGGGCCCUCAAAAGAGUGACCAACAAUGCCGAGAAGGAGAUGGUCAAGUCUUGCUUCGAGUUUUUUGGGAUUUCUCAGGUGGAUGCCAAGUAUUGCCAGAUAGCUCAGAACGACCCUGGACCCAUAUCAAGAAUCAUUCUUGACCUGGAUGUGAACCUGAGAGAGAAGAAAACAAAAGACUGUUUCUUGGUAAUGACCGACCAGGUGAAAUUGGCCCUCAACAAACACCUUUUGAGCAGGCUGCGUCAGAUCACGCAGAGCCUGCUUGGGAAGACCUACGCGGGCGUCUGCAUGAGGUUUAUCGUGGGCCUGAAAUGUGAGGUCGAAAACUGUAAAGAUUUCCACAGGCCCUUGCGGCGCUGUGAGGCCAAGUGUUUGGUUCAGUCAAAGAUACACUUGGUGGCAAUCAGCGGGUUGCUUUUGGAAGCCAAGAAAGUAUUCCCUAAAAUCUUAGCGGAGGAACUCGAAGAAAUCGAUUACGUUUCGUCUGGCUAUAUGUACGGCCUUUGCAAAUCCUUCCUGAACGUCCUCUUCCCUAAGCAUUUCCACCAGAGAGUGCUGUCCGAAAACCCCACGGCCUGCAAAGAGAUCCUCAAACCGAACUACAAAUCCUUUCGGUCGUACAGGGCAGCUCUGAAAGAGUACGUCCGUCUUCUGUUUCAAAACGAGAGGGCACGAAGCCGCCGGGAGUCUACAGACCUGUGGCUGAACGCCAUGCAGGCGUUCCUGGUCUCCUCCAACUAUCCGGAGGAGUUCGAAAAGCUGCUCCGUCAGGAGGAGGACAACUACAACAGGGAACUCAAAGCUCUAGAGGCUGAAAAGGAGGAAAGGGGCAGGGGGAGGGGCGGCAAGGUGAAGGGAAUAGAAGGAAAAUUCGGGAUGUUGGCACCCAACAAGGACGAUGACGGUGCCGAGAAGACCCACCUGUGCUUCAUCCGGCUGCUGGAGAAUUGCAUCGACCAGUUCUACGUGUACAGGAACCCAGAAGACUACAAGAGGCUCUUUUUCCGUUUCAUGAACGUCCUCGUCAAGAGGUGCAAGGAACCGCUCAUCCCCAGCAUUGGGAACACGGUGGCCCUGUUGGAGCUCCAGUUCGUCCACUGCGGGGUGGUCCUGGCCCGCCUCCGGAAGAACGCCAUCCUCCGCCUCCCCAAGAGCUACAUCGCGCUCUUGCACUACUGGGAGUUCCUGGUCAGCAAGAAGGACAGGGAGCUCGGGGACGUGUUCUCCAUCGUUCAGGAUUACAAGCCUAAGGACGUGGCCAGAGCCAUUCAGGAUUUCCGGUUCCACCUCUCCUACCUCGUCAAGGUGCUCUGUGGCCAAGAGAAUGGGAACUUCAACGUCCUGCUCGACGCCUUCGGUGAGAUAGACUGUGUGGUGUCCGGGGAGGCAGAGCGGACCCUGGUGCUGUGCUUGGUGAUGCUGGUCAACGCCGAGGAGGUUCUACAGCCGUACUGCAAGCCUCUCCUGUGCCGCCACUUCCAGGAGAUCCAGACGAGGCUGCAGCUGAUGAGUAGGGACUGCCCCGACCGGGUGCCCGAGAGGCUCCUGAAAGCGGCGAAGCGGGUGUUGAUGGCGGGCAACGUGAAGUCGGUGGCUGAGGCGCUGCGGGACCUGCUCUUCGAGCGGGACGAAGAGUACCUGAUGGACUGCUGCUGGCGGUGGGACAGCGCGCACGCCAAAGGGCCCGUGGUCCGCGGCCUCUACCACGAGGAGGUGAAACUGAGCCGCCUGCCCAGUGUGGAGCCCGCGGACUACUUUGCUGAACCCGAGUGUGAGAUCGGUCAGGACGAGACGGACGAGCUGCCGUCAGAAGACCGAGACCCCGUCCUCGCUGCCAUUCUUUCCCGGAAGCAGCGGAAGGCUUCCGUCCGGCGCAAGUUGAGGAGGGUGUGCCUGGUCGUGUCCUUGUGCAUCAGCUGGAGGAGAAGGGUGAGCACCCAGGUGGAGUGCUUCCGAGAGGAGACCAGGGAGCCCGGGGCUGGGAACUUUAAGAAGGCCGACAUCGAUAGGACCCAGUGUGACCUGUGUGGGGUGAAGUUCAGCCGAGGUCCUGACAGCUAUUUCGGCCCCGGGAAGGCACUUGAAGGAGCGGCUGUGGAGGCCGUGGCCCCUUCCAUGGCCGAGCCGGGAGACGAGGAGGGUCCGGAGAAGAACAGCGAGUCUUACGAGCAGCACAUCCGCCUGGAAAGCCAUCAGAGGCAGCAGGUGGCCUACCAGAGGUACUUCGAAUUUUUCCAUGAGAAGGUGGACCCGGCCAUUGAUGAAGGCAAGCUGCUGGUGCAGGACAUUGAGCAGAGCGUGUGGAUCCGCAGUCACCUGGGCUCCAAAGAGCACAGCCACAUGUUGCAGAGGAAGGUCCAGGAGAACAUCAAGAAGGUCUCGGAUACGGUGGAGGACCUCUACAGGCGGAAGGCCUGGGCUGGUGCAGAGGAGGUGAUGGCUCAUUUGGUCAACAUGCUGAUCCCGUCCGUCAGGGAUGCGCGGGCGUGGCUGAUGAAGGCAGAGCUCCACUUAAAUGAGGAAGGUGUCGUCCAGGAAGAUGAUUACGAAAAUGAAGCCGAGGACUUUGGUGAACUCCGUCCUCGAAGGCGUUCGCGGAAAGGUGGAAAGCCGAGAAAAUACUGAUGUCUGCUCAGCUGCUGCCUCCUAAGCCUUCAGAACAUUCCAUCCUGACUUAGAAUUCCGAGUGCUGGGGCAGAUGGGGGGGGGGGGAAUAGAAUGUAAAUUAGCUCAAAAGGGGGAGUCUAGCCAUGCCUUUGAUUUUUAUUCUUGUUACAAGAGCUGCUUGUGCCCAGGGUCCACGUAGGCCCUCUGCUGGCCACUCCUUACCCCCAGGCCACCCUCUGCUCAUCUCCGAACCUGCUUACAGCAAGGGCCCUUCUGUUACGGCCUCUUGUCUCUGUGCAACUUUUUUGCCCUCCUUCUCCCCAUUUUUUGUGACCAUUUCCAGCUACCUGUGCGAGUGACGGCGAGACUACCUCAGAGGGUAAUCAAGAACUCCCCGGCGUCCUAUGGGUGGGAGCCUCAGGACCUUUGCCCUAGAAGGCAAGCCUGGGGGGUGUUGUGGGGGAUUCCCAGCCUGCCUCUCCGAGGUGGUCCUAACUCUGCCUUGGCUAUGGUGCAGACAUUCCACAAGUGUUUGUAUGUAGCCCUACGUGUCUCACUUUCUUGGUUGAAGGAGGCUCUUGCUUUACCCCCAACUCCCACUGAGCCGGCCGCCAUCCGUAUGGUCCCAUUCUGGAGGCCUUCGUGCCGCUCACGCUUCCUGCCCACCCUCUGCCCUGCCCCCCAGCUCAGCCUGUGUGAAAGCUCAGCUUACUCGAGCUCGGUCCUCCCCUGAUCUGUCCUCGCAGCAGAGCCAACGUCCCCCCUGUGUUGCUGCUGCUUCUGCUGCUUAGCGUUUUCUCUUUAUCGUCUUUCUAAAUGACUCUAUUUCCUUGUUUCUAAUUUUUAUUCCAGGUGGUUUUUAUAAAUGUCACUUGCCGGAAAAAAAAAAUCAAAUCUUGCCGUAUUAUCACAUUUUUAUAAAGUGAAAUCAUUUCUCUUA